AUGGACCGUUCGGAGCCCGCGCCUCCUGAGAUUCUCCCUCGGCCAAAGGCCACUCGUGGCAUUCGAGCAGGGAAGGCAGCGAAGCGCAAGAGGAACGCGUACAUUAGGUGGGUGCUUGAGCUGAAUCCUGACUUGUCAUUUGACCAUCAUCUACAUCGUCCACGCAGACAAGACAAACCGACCGUCUCGACGAGGACGAUCAGGUCUCUUCUGCAGCUUCAAGUCACGAUUUUAUUCCUGAGCCGAAGACUCCGCCUUUGGAUUCCGUUGCUUCAAGUGCGCCUGUUACUCCGCCAAAGGGGCGUGCUCCAAGACCUGCGCGACUACUUCGAAGGCAAGGCCUUCUUCUCCAACCGCACCCUCAGCGAGGGCACCUCCUCCAUUGACGGCGAAGAAGAAAGGGGGCCAGGGAUUGACUCAGCGGCUCUUGGGAAUCGGUCGCUGUUUCUCAACGCUGCAACCAACCGCAAAGUGUUCAUCGCAGACUCCGUUCGCCUUGCGGUUCAACGUGUCGUUUGGCUGGAUUUUCACAAUACGAUUGACCGCUACUUUGUGAACCGCGUGGACGCUCGUUGUCGCACGUGCUUGUGUGUCUUGUCACACAUUGACAGCUCCAAGGCCAACGAGGCGUGGCUUCGCGACGUUAUCGCCAAUACUGUCGAGGAAGUCCGCGACACUUCUGGUCAGAAUUUGCUCGAUUUGAUAGUCGUGAGCAGAUCGCGUACUGGAGACUACGGGAAGCUCAGCUUGGCGACACAGGUGUUUCCAUCCGCAGAACACCUAAUCGUGGACGACAAUACUGAGGUUGUCACAGAGUGGAUCCGCCGCAUUCAGCAGGCUUUCCACAUUUGCCUUCCUAAGAGAGAUCGUAGUCCACUGGGUCGUUCUUACGCGAACAUUUUUGAAGCCGAAAGUGCGAUCACAGAGUGGAUCGAUCCGUCGCGAUUGACUUGCACUCCUCGUGUCGCUGGCCGGGCUGCUUUUAGCGCCAACACCGUGAGCACUGCAGUUACAACAAAGCACUUUCGUUUGCGUGAAAAGGGUGUGCUAAGCUGCUGCCAGGCGCUUCCGUCUUUCUUCCGCCAUGUCUUCCCCUUCUGA